AUGUUCAGACAUACGUUACAAGCUGUUGCAUUCCUCAGCGAGGAGAAAAUCACCACCAAAGUGGAGCACUUGAAGAAAACGUUCAAGUGGUCGGAUGCUGAGGUGGGCAUUGCUGUUUCUAAGGCUCCAACAGUGCUACAUAGGACUAAGGAAUCGCUGCAGCGCAGGUCCGAGUUCCUCAUCUCCGAGGUGGGGUUGGAACCGGCAUAUAUUGCUUGUUGUCCGGUAUUACUCAUGUACAGCUUGGAGGGCCGGCUCAGACCCCGAUACUACGUCGUUAGAUUUCUCAAGGUAAAUGGAUUGCUAGAUCACGACCGGGACUACUAUGCUGCAGUCAUGAUCAGCGAGAAGGUAUUCGUCGAGAAGUUCAUAUGCCCUCAUAAGGAUGCUGCACCGCAUCUCGCUGAAGAUUAUGCAACAGCUUGCAGAGGGGAGGUUCCAGCUAGAUUCAGUUUUACAUGA